AACAAAGUAAGCCAUUUCGAAAAAGAAAAUACAAACACACGCAUUAAAAAAUGUCUAAAAACACUGUAUAUGCUGUACAUAUUAAAAACAAACUAAGUGACUUUCAUCCGGUGCACAACAUUGACAUGGAAAAAAAUGUUGCAUAUUUGAAAGAAAUUAUUAAAGAACAACUGCAGCUGCAAUUCGACGCCAAUGAACUAGAGCUAUGCGUUUUGGGCAAGGUGCUCGAAGAUGACUCAAAGCUUGCUAGCGCAGUAAAGCCAAACGCAAUUGUGCAUUGUUUCAAAAAAAUUAAAGGAUACGUGCCGUAUAAGCCGCCUGCAACAAGCGAAUUUAAUACCAAGCAUAUACAGGAGCUGUUCUCAUUGACCUCGCAUUUGCAAAUCAGUGUGACGUCGCGCUUUAAUAUAUUGCAAAAAAUACUUGCGGAAUAUCCAGAAUUCCGACGUAAUUUGGCAGCGCAGGCGCUUAUACGUGACUCGGUGCUAUUCAAUAUGCUGCACGAGAGUGAGGUGGUGCAGAAUCUGGCGCGUGAAUAUCCAUUGAUAUGCGAGUCAGCUUCAUUUAUAGUGGAUACCAUACGCAAGGAGCUGGCACGCAAUAACUCCGCCACACAAUUUCAGGAACAGGCGGCCUCAGAAUCAACAACUUCAUCGGAGGAAGAAAACUCAUUAGGCGCUGGCAGCAGCAGCAGUGGCGGUAGCAGCAGCACAGCCGCCGCCAAUCUGGCUAGCAAUCGUCGUGAGGAGUUGGCCAACAUACGUCAAAUAAGUCGGCAACAGUUAGCUAAUGCUUUGGCACGCGUAGACAUGGGCUCCUUUAAUUCGCUGUCCAACAUAGCGCAACGCAAUGUGGACGAAGCGCAGGGUGAUGAGCAGCCACGCACUAGCACAGCAACAGCUACGCCUGCGGCUACUGCGGCAGCAACGGCCGCUGUCUCAUCCAUCUCCACGGAACAGUUUCGUAACGAGCUGGCGCGCGCUUUUCAAUCUCUGCAACCAACGGCAACGUCAACUGCGGAGAGCAUGGAAGUUGAGACCACACCAGCUGCAGUUGAUGAAACGCUGGACGAUGAUGAUGCCGCUGCUGAUGAUGACAGCGAUGUACUGCCGCGUUGUUAUAGACGUCAUCGUUUUACGGAGCAGCUACGUACCAUGGCCGCCAUGGGCUUUAUUAAUCACGCAGAGAAUGUUAACUAUUUGACACUGGCAGAUGGCAAUGUAGAGCAUGCCAUUAACUUGCUAAUGCUGAGCAUGAACUAAAACUGAUAUUUUUGCAUAGCACUCGUAUUUAUUAUAUGCUCUCCUCCCCAGAUGUCAUCAUCAUAUAUAUACUAUAUAUAAAUA